AUGCUCAUCAUCUCGUCUCGCAGUGCGCUGCUGUCCGUCUACUACCCGCAGAUCUUCCUCAUCCUCACCAGCGGUAGCUACCUGGCGCUGUCCUCUGUGGUGGCUCUAGGUGCUAACAUCAUCUGCAACAAGAUCCCGGGACUGGCCCCCCGUCAGAGAGCCCUCUGCCAGAGUCGCCCUGACGCCAUCAUCGUCAUUGGCGAAGGCGCCCAGCUGGGCAUCAAUGAGUGUCAGUACCAGUUCCGUUACGGCCGGUGGAACUGCUCGGCCCUGGGCGAGAGGACUGUCUUUGGACAAGAGCUGAGAGUAGGCAGCAGGGAGGCAGCAUUCACUUACGCCAUCACCGCUGCCGGAGUGGCCCACGCAGUUACCACGGCUUGUAGCCAAGGCAACCUCAGCCAGUGCGGCUGUGACCGCGAGAAGCAGGGCUACCACGACUACCAAGAGGAGGGCUGGAAGUGGGGAGGCUGCUCGGCCGAUGUCAAGUACGGCGUGGAGUUCUCGCGCCGCUUUGUAGACGCCCGCGAGAUCAAGAAAAAUGCCCGCCGGCUGAUGAACCUGCACAACAAUGAGGCGGGGCGAAAGAUCCUAGAGGAGAGGAUGAAGCUGGAGUGUAAGUGUCACGGCGUGUCCGGCUCCUGCACCACUAAGACCUGCUGGAUCACCCUGCCGAAGUUCAGAGAGAUCGGUUACCUGCUGAAGGAACGUUACAGUGACGCGGUUCAAGUAGAGCCGGUCCGGGCCUCGCGGCUCCGCCAGCCCUCCUUCCUCCGGCUCAAAGAGGCCCGGGGCUACCAAAAGCCCACGGACACAGACCUAGUGUACCUGGAGCGUUCGCCAAACUACUGCGAAGAGGACACGGCCACAGGAAGCACGGGAACACGGGGCAGGCUGUGCAACGGCACCUCCACCCACACAGACAGUUGUAACGUGAUGUGCUGCGGCCGGGGCUACAACACGCACCACUACACGCGCAUCUGGCAGUGCAACUGCAAGUUCCACUGGUGCUGUUUCGUCAAGUGCAACACGUGCAGUGAGAAAUCAGAAGUUUUCACUUGCAAGUAG